AUUUGAAGUUUUCAGUGUCUCAUGAUCCUUCAGAAAUCAUUCUAAUAUGCUGAUGUGAUGCUCAUAAGGGUCGAUUUUUUUUUUAAAAUUGAGCUCAUCUGAAGGCUGAAUAAAUAAGCUUUCCAUUGAUGUAUGGUUUGUUAGAAUAGGACAAUAUUUGGUCAAGAUACAACUAUUUGACAAUCUGGAAUCUGAGGGCACAAAAAAUCUAAAUAUUGAGAAAAUCGCCUUUAAAGUUGUCCAAAUGAAGUCCUUAGCAAUGCAUAUCCACUCACAAAAAUACAUUUUUGAUAUAUUUACGGUAAGAAAUUUACAAAAUAUCUUAAUGGAACAUGUUCUUUACUUAAUAUCCUAAUGAUUUUUGGCAUAAAAGAAUAAUCGAUCAUUUUAACCAAUACAAUGUAUUGUUGGCUAAUACUACAAAUACACCCAUGUGAAUUAUGACUGGUUUGUGGUCCAGGGUCACAUUGCUUAUUUUCAAUGUUGGAAACCACAUUUUUUUCAGGAUUCUUUGAUGAAUAAAGUUCAAACCAACAUCAUUUAUUUUAAAUAGAAAUCUUUUGUAACAGUGUAAAUGUAUUCACUGUCACUUUUGAUAAAAGUAUUGAUUUCUUUAAAAAAAAAAAAAAAAAGUCUGACUCUUUAAACUUUUGAACAGUAGUGUAUAUGCAUAAUAACCUUAUAACUUAAUUCCCUAUAGCUUCACAUAACACAAUCAGUGCUUGAAGCCAUUUAACUGUAUGUACUUUGGGUGAGAGUGCAUGUCUUUGGGCGUGAGCUCUCAAUGCAAACAAAACCAUCCAGCUCAUGUAUUUUACAGAACACAAGUCUCCGAGGCAAAGAGCUUGUGCAACCACUACAAUACCAUGGAGAGGAGAGCUCAAACACUAAAAGAAUACAUAUUGAAGCAGCCUGUUUGGAAGAAGGAGAACCUUAAUCCCAAAACAUGGUUAAAAUCAGACCACGUCAAGGGUUUCGCUGAAUUUAUUCUGCCAAAGGACAUUGGUGAAGAUGGUGGUUAUGACAGCAAGGAGAUGUUGCUGGAGGUUGAGAAAGACUUCAUAGAAGCAGCAAAGAGAAAUGACGUGGAGGGCAUGAAACUUCGAGAGAGAGGCGUUAAUGUCAAUGCCAAGAAUGUGCACGGUCGGACUGCUCUUCAUUAUGCUGUGGCCCUCAGAAAUGUGGAAGCUGUUGAUGUGCUCCUUCGAAGGAGAGCCAAACUAGAUUUACAAGAUAAGCAUGGACUGACUGCUGUUCACUUAGCAGCAUGGUUUGGAAGUUUGGAAAUCCUUAAGUUACUUGUGCAAGGUGGAGCUGACCAAAGCAUUGAAAAUACGGAGGGUCUGAACAUAAUGCACUGCGCUGCCAUGAACAAUCACACUGAUAUUGUAGAGUACAUUGUUGAUGACCUGCAAAUGGGAGAACUUGACAAAGAAGAACAAUAUGGUAACAGGCCUUUUGCCCUGGCCGCAGCACACGGAUGUGUUCGCAUGCUACAGAUGCUGAUGGAGGAACCUUACAACAUGGCCACCAUGGAGGAAAAUAAGGUUGGAGACACACCUCUGCAUUUGGCAGCAAAGCACGGUCAACAUGAAGCGCUGCAGCUACUUCUAGACAACUUUGAUAUUCGCGAUGAGGUCAACCAGGCGGGGCAGACCGCUCUGUAUCUGGCUGCAGAUGAAGCUCAUGAGGACUGUGUUCAAGCCCUGCUGGAGGCACAAUGUGACCCAAACAUCUUAACCUUAAGCAGAAGCAGCCCUCUGCAUCCAGUCUGUGAGAGGGGCCAUUUUCCAAUUGUAAAACUGCUCAUUAAUAGUGGAGCCCAAAUAAACUCUCAGGACCAGCAUAUGCACACUCCAUUCCAUCUAGCGGUGAAGAACUGUCAUAUUCCAGUAAUCCACACCUUGCUUGAGGCUGGCUGUGAUCCAAACGUAACAGAUCAUAUGGGACAAACUGCACUCCAUAUCGCCGCUGAGAUGGGGAAGGUGGAUGUGGUCGAGAUGAUUCUGAAAGCCGGGGUGGAUCUGGAGAUUAAGGACAGGCAAAAUAAAACAGCUCUUGGAGUGGCAGCGAGGGGGAAUAUGGUAAUAAUUGUGGACAUGAUAAUCAAAGCUGAGAGAUAUUUCAGAUGGAAGAGCAAUUAUCAAAUGACUAAUACAGAUGCUAUUGAGAGCCUUCACACCGAAUCACCGUUGACGUUUAAAUUAGAUCACUCCCCUGACAUGAAGCCGCUGCGUGAUAUAAUAUGGGAGCUCGCAUACAAACACCUCAAGCGCAAUGACUGGAAGAAGUUGGCAGAGCACUGGGAGUUCACAGAGGAUCAGGUGGCUGCCAUCGAGGAGCAGUGGACAGGUCCUAACAGUUUCCAAGAGCAUGGGAACCGGAUGCUUCUGAUCUGGCUUCAUGGAAUCAUGAUAGAAGGGAGCAGCCCAGCCAAAUGCCUGUAUGAGGGGCUGCUUUCUGUUGGGAUUACAAAGAUUGCUGAAAAAAUAAGAAUGGAGAGAACAAACACUGAUACCAGGAAAUGCACAGUUUCAUGAAUCCAAGCUGCUACAGAGAAAUAAAAGAUGCAAUGAACUAAAAA